AUGGCAGUCCCCGUCUACAGCGCCUCCCCCAUCAACCAGAAUGCGCUCAACAGCGCCUUCGCAACAAGUCCCUCGACCUUCGCGAUGCGUUAUACUCCCGCCGAAGCCCUGGACGGACAAUUGGCUGCUGCAGCGGCAAACACGCUGCCCUCAUCAGCAAACUCGUCCAGACCCAGCAGCCCUUGCUCUAGGCAGGCGGUGAACACACUCUCACACGCGACCAACGCAACAACCACCACCACCACCUCUUUCCCAGCAAGAGCCCAGCCCACAAUGCCCACCCGCUCACAAUCCGUCUCAUACCCUCCCCUCAGCAAACUCUCCAUCCCCAGCACACCACCCGCCCCCUUCAACACCACGCACGCGCAGCCCGCCAUCCUCUCUACCUACGCGCCCUCACCCCUCACAAACUCCACCUACGGCCACUCACGCGCCCACUCAUCCUUCUCGCAACUCUCCAGCGCCUCCCAUUUCAGCGCCGCCUCCCCACACCCCUUCCUCUUCCCCCACGACCUCAGCCACCCGCCCGGCUACGUGCAGAACACGCGCGACUCCUUCGAGGACCGCGUCAUCAUCAGCCAAGACCCCGAAGAGCAGAGUUUCCUCGUGAGUCCGCGCGGACGGCGUCGCGGCGGCUCGACUUUUCGUGGGGGGUUGUUGGAUGAGCCGAUGGAUCCCCUGAGCGCCAGGGGGGAGGAGGAAGAAGGAGAGUUUGGGAGGUUGUGGGAGACGGCGGGCGAGUGGGCGAGGUUCGCGGCGAAGAAGUUGGGGGAGGGGGAGAGGGAUUUGUGGAGGGUUGUUAGUGGGGAGCGGUGA